ACAUACUGUACACAACACACCAUAACAUCGAUAUAACGUCAAUAUAAACAAACAUUUGAUGCCAUUUAGCGAACCAUUGAUGCAAUUGUGUGGCAAAGAGGGUGUGAAAGGGCUGUGAAGACUGUGAAGGCUGUGAAGCGGGUGUGAGUGAGAGGCGACCCAUUGGUAGCGCAGAUGAUGUCUUUGUGGAGACUGGCCUCGGGAUCCACUGUCGAGGAGUUCGCCAAAGAUGUCUACAUUAAGAGCAAUAUAACCAUUGAAUUGAAUAAAACGAUUCAAUCAUUACUGAAGACAUUGAGUGAAUUGGAGAGCAAAGAGUUGUCGGAAACUGAAUUAGUGGUGCAUUUGUGUGACAUCUUUGAGGCCAUACUUCUUCACGGACUCAAACAGAAGCUGACGACUCGUAUGUCGAAAGUGUUUACGAGUCCUUCACAGGAGAGGAAUGGCUAUGAAAUGGACUUUUGGACGAUUGUAUUGAUCUUAUGUCACAACGAAGUGUCCAGAAAUGUGUGUCAAUUGGCGAACAUCUCGACCGACAUCGGGAGGUGUCGGGCAUGGCUUCGGUCGGCACUCAAUGACGGACUCAUACUCUCCUAUUUGGAAGUGUUGACCGCAGACUCGUCUCUAUUGCACGGCUUUUAUCGGUCGUCGGCUUAUAUCAGAGACAAAGAGCACACGGAUAUCGUCAAGAGAUUGCUUAUUGGUCUCGAGUCCUAUGUCUUCACUCUAACCAUUGACAGCACAUCUCUAGACUCGUGGAGUGAAACCACUCUAAGAUUGAUUGGAUUUUCUUAUGUGGAGAGCGAACCCCAACCGGUCGUUACGGCCAUCGAUGCCAUUGAUCUUCUCGUCGAUGACAACAAAACUACUAAAAGCGAAGAGAACAUUGAAUUUAAAUUUAGUUCAGAUAAAGACACUGAAGAUGUGAUCUCUGAUAAUAUGUCUGAACCGGUGUUUGACAUAAAGUCUAUUAAUUCAAAUGAAGUGAUCGAUGAAAUUGUGGGCGAAUUAGAAAUGGAGGGAACGAAGGAUUCGGACUCAACCGGAACCACAGGAACGGCCGAAACGGGCAAUAGUUUGAGCCGAAUGUCGGGCUGGAGUUCCAGUCCUUAUAAAAGCGACGAAACGCUUGGAAUGCGAGACCAAAGUUAUGAUGACAUUCUUCAGAGUUAUUCAACGCAAGCCGUCCUCUCGAGUACUCCUGAUAUACGGGAUUUGGCGACAACUAUGGAGUUGGAGAAAGCAAUGGCCAGACCUUUGUAUUUAACAAAAGGGGUCGCGAUUUCGACCGCAAGAGAACAGUCGCCGACUGAGUCCACGUCUUCGGAGACAGACUUUGAAAUAAUACCAAAGAGUAUUGUCUUAAAUAAUUCAGAUCCGGAAACGCAGAAAUUUUUGGACCAAUUGAUGAGAUUAGCGAAUGAGUUUGGACUCGACGAACAGGAGUAUAAGUGCAUCGCUUGCGGCCGACCUAUUGGUAUGAUUUAUGGCAAAUCCCGAUUGUGUCACUUCGAUGGACACCAAUACUGUCUCGACUGUCACGCUAACGACGAGUCCAUAAUUCCGGCCCGAGUUAUACAUAACUGGAAUUUCCGCAAAUAUCCGGUCGCCAAACGAAACAAACAUUUAUUGAUUUCGACCGAAACGGAGCCACUCUUUGAUAUCAAAAUAUUGAGUCCAUUACUGUAUUCAAUAGUGCCUGAAAUGAAGCAAACACUGGACCUGAGGACUCAACUCUUCUAUUUGCACGCAUAUCUGUUCACAUGUCAGGAGAGUAUAGCUAUUGAAAUGCGCAAAACUGUUUGGCCGCGCGAACACCUCUUUCAACACAUUCAUCUCUAUUCGGUGACCGAUCUCUUUCAGGUUCAAAACAAUCUAAUGUCUCAAACAUUGGCUAAAGUGAUUACGUUCGCUAAGAAUCACGUCCUGUCGUGUCCUUUAUGUACACUAAAGGGAUAUUUCUGUGAGAUCUGCAAUUCGUCGCAAAUUCUCUAUCCAUUCAAUACUGAAGCGACAAAAAGGUGCGAAAAAUGCAAAACUGUAUUUCAUUUGCGAUGUUUUAACGAAAGGUAUGACAAACACUCGUGUCCUAAAUGCCUACGAAUGGAGAAACGGGAAAACAAAUCACUUUUUUCUCAGAGUUCUGGUAAUAAUCAAUCGGUUUAAAAACCUUGAAUUUUAUUUAUUCACUGUUUUAAUGAAAUAAAUAAUAUAUUGAAUAAAUUGUUGUUAUAUUAAUUGUA